AUGUCUAUUGAUAAAAGCUGGACUACUAAUCCACAUCGUCAAUCUCCCGAGUUCCAGCUAGGACUCAACACUUUUGUCGAGAGAUCCAUGUUACACCUAGAUUGUAAAGGUGAAACCAGAUGUCCGUGUGAGAAAUGUGAUAAUCGUUACUUCAUGAAUCCGAAAACAAUGAGACGUCAUGUUCGUAUAUAUGGUUUCAGUCAAUCAUACAAAACAUGGAUAUAUCACGGUGAACCUUUAAUCCCUCCAGUUGUAGAUGUCGUCUCGCCAAGCAACGAGAUGGCUGAUGUUAUUGACGACGUUAUGUGGGAGUCGAGAGAAAAUGAUAUAAACCUCGAUGAAGGAACCUCGAAUACAGGGGGCAGUGGUGUCGAUGAUGAUUUUGAAGAGUUGUUAGAGGCAGUCGAAACCAAGUUAUAUCCUGGUUGUACGUUUUCAUUCCUUGACUUUUUAGCAAAGCUGAUGCAUAUGAAGGUCAACAACAAAUGGACUGAUAGUUCAUUUGAUCAACUCAUUGAGUUGUUGCAUUCAGCAUUUCCACCAGACAACAAGGUUCCCCGUUCAUAUUAUUUAGCAAAAAAGAAACUGAAGAAGUUAGGAUUGGGGUACGAGUCAAUUCAUGUGUGCAAAAACGAUUGUUUUCUCUUCUGGAAGGAACACAAGUCAUUGCAAGUUUGUCCCAUUUGUAAAGAGAGUCGGUGGAUUGAUAAAAACACCAAGGGUAAUAAAGUGGCUCAUAAGGUGUUACGGUACUUUCCAAUGGCCCCUAGACUACGCCAUUUGUAUUGUUCAUGGUACACUUCCAAAAAUAUGAUAUGGCAUAGUACUAGGAGAUCAGAAGAUGGUGUGAUGCGUCAUCCCAUUGAUGGAGAGUCUUGGAAAAAAAUUGAUGUAGAUUACCCUGACUUCUUGAGUGAAUCUCGCAACGUACGACUAGGGCUGGUAGCUGAUGGCUUUAAUCCAUUUGGUAACAUGUGUAAUCCGCAUAGUACGUGGCCGGUUGUACUUACCACUUACAAUCUGCCACCAUGGCUUUGUAUGAAAGAGUCAUCGUUCAUGUUGGCCUUGUUGAUUCCCGGCCCUAAAGCGCCUGGAAAGGACAUAGAUGUUUUCCUUAGGCUGUUAGUGGAAGAGCUUAAGUUUUUAUGGCAAUCAAGCAUACGCAUUAAAGACGCAACAACAAACACAUUCUUCACGAUGAAAGCUAUGUUGUUAUUGACAAUAAACGACUUUCCAGCUCGUAGUAGUUUAUCGCGCUGGAGCGGACAAGGGUAUAGAGCAUGCCCGACUUGCAAUGAAGACACUCCUUCGUACGUGCAGUAA